AUGUCGCCGUCUGUUUUUAGAUCGUUGGUUCUAGUUUUGUUGGUUGCCACAGUAGGCGUGCUCUCGGUCUUCGGAGUUGUUCAAGUGCAGACCGCUCGGGGGCCUAAUAUGAAGACACCAUCACAUUGCCCGAAGGGAGCAGAAUGCGCUUUUAUAAACGAACUUGAUAAGUACCACAUCCAUCUCGGCACCUAUAACAAGAAAGGUGAUGAGCCCUUGGUGAUAACAGUGCAUAAGAGCACGCUCGACGAAACAAGGGCAUACGCCAUCACCGCAUUGAGCCAGAUAUCUACUGGUUACCAGUGGAUAUGUGUGGGAAUUUUGAACGCCGAAACACACUGCCAGUUGAAGGAAGGCUAUCAAGAAUUCGACAAAAUCUUAACUGAAGAAUUUAUGAAACACUCCAUGAAGCACGGACAAUGUGGUCAUGGAAUUAUCACAGAUCCGUUCGUAGCACAAAAUGCCAAAACAAUUGCGAACGACAUUGACGCUGUGAUUCCAGAGGGCGAUAAGGCCGUUACCCCGUCCAAGACCCCGUCUGUGGGAGAGCCGGAAAUUUCCAAGGCAACCUUGUCCAUAACACCAACCGUAAGGGAGGGCAAAUACUACGUGGUGUUCGCUUACGGAUCGCCAUUUAGGGGCCCUAAGAUGGUGUGCUUCAAGGAGGUGAUCGUGAAGGUGCUGCCAUAG